UCUGUCUCUCUCUCUACUAUAAACAUCUUCUGAUCUCUCUAUCUGUUCUUCGCUUCCGUUGAACAUCGAAACAAAACACGCCUUUUGCUUUUCCGAGUACUUUCACCGCCGUUCGCCGCCGCGAACCUGUUCGUUUCCGAUCAAGACAGUCUUUUCCGGCAGCCGGAGCUCUCGCCGGGUUUUGCAGUGCUCAGUGAAAUACUGAUGUGCAGUUCUUGUUUUGUAAAUUUUUGAAUAUUUGUAUUGGGAUAACGGGACCAGAUUUUUUUUGAAAGAUUGUUUGACCAGCACUUGAAUGCUUGCAACUUCUUCUACCAGUCAUGGCUUCGAGAUCAUGUGCAAACUUAUUAGAUUUGGCCUCUGGGGACCUACUGGCUGUCCCUCGUACUCCUAGAGGUCUUCCAAGGGUGAUGACUGUACCUGGAAUUAUCGACUUGGAUGGGGAUUCUGAUGAGGUUUCUCCAGUUUGUCGUGAGAGGAAAAUUAUAGUAGCAAAUAUGUUGCCUUUGCAUGCUCAAAGGGAUGCGGAAAAUGCCAAAUGGUGCUUCAACUGGGAUAAGGAUGCACUUUUAUUACACUUGAAGGAUGGAUUUUCACCUGAGACUGAGGUUAUAUAUGUGGGUUCUCUCAAGGUUGAAAUAGAUGCCAGUGAACAAGAAGAAGUUGCCCAGAUACUUCUUGAUAAUUUUAAUUGUGUGCCUACCUUUCUACCUCAUGAGCUUCACAAAAAAUUCUAUCAUGGUUUCUGCAAACAGCAAUUAUGGCCUCUUUUCCAUUACAUGCUACCUAUGUGCCCUGACCAUGGUGACCGCUUUGACCGCCAACUUUGGCAAGCCUAUGUGUCUGCAAAUAAAAUAUUUUCAGAUAAAGUUAUGGAAGUAAUUAAUCCCGAUGAUGAUUAUAUUUGGGUUCAUGAUUAUCAUCUCAUGGUUCUCCCUACAUUCUUGAGGAAGCGCUUCAAUCGAGUCAAGCUUGGAUUCUUUCUCCACAGUCCAUUCCCUUCAUCUGAAAUAUAUCGAACUCUGCCUGUUAGAGACGAAAUUCUGAAAGGUUUGCUGAACUGUGAUCUGAUCGGUUUUCAAACAUUUGAUUAUGCUCGUCACUUCCUGUCAUGCUGCAGUAGAAUGCUAGGUCUGGACUACGAAUCUAAGCGAGGGCACAUUGGGCUUGAUUACUUUGGUCGAACAGUAUACAUUAAAAUUCUGCCUGUAGGUAUUCAUAUGGGUCGACUUGAAUAUGUAUUAAACCUUCCUUCAACGUCUAUCAGAGUCAGAGAGAUUCAGGAACAGUUUAGGGGGAAAAAGGUGAUUGUUGGCAUUGAUGACAUGGAUAUAUUUAAAGGCAUCAGUCUGAAACUACUAGCCUUUGAACAGCUCUUGCAGCAGCAUCACGAGUCUCAGGGCCAAUUAGUCUUGGUUCAAAUAAUGAACCCUGCGAGGAGCUCAGGAAGAGAUGUGCAGGAAGCGAAGAGAGAGACAUAUUUGACUGCCCAAAGGAUCAACGAGGUUUAUGGCUCUUCUGAUUAUGAGCCAGUAAUUCUGAUUGAUCGUCCUGUUGCUCGAUAUGAAAAGACUGCCUAUUAUGCUGUAGCAGAAUGUUGUAUUGUGAAUGCAGUGAGGGAUGGCAUGAACUUAGUUCCUUACAAGUAUAUAGUUUGCCGGCAGGGCUCUCCAGAAAUGGAUAAAGCGAUGGGUAUCAAGGUAGAUUCUCCUCGUACAAGCAUGCUUGUUGUGUCCGAGUUUGUAGGUUGUUCACCUUCUUUAAGUGGUGCAAUUAGGGUCAACCCAUGGGAUAUUGAGUCUGUGGCCGAGGCUAUGAAUUUGGCAAUCACAAUACCCGAUUCUGAGAAGCACUUGCGGCAUGAGAAACAUUAUCGAUAUAUUAGUUCUCAUGAUGUGGCUUAUUGGGUUCGCAGCUUUAUGCAGGAUUUGGAAAGAGCAUGCAAAGAUCACUACAGUAAGCGUUGCUGGGGAAUUGGUUUAGGGCUGGGCUUUAGAGUUGUUUCACUUUCACCAAGUUUUAGGAAGUUGUCUAUUGACCACAUUGUCUCGGCAUAUAAAAGGACAAAUAGAAGGGCGAUAUUUCUGGACUAUGAUGGUACUAUCGUUCCCCAGAGCUCUAUUAUUAAAAGCCUCAGCCCUGAAGUUAUUACUGUUCUGAAUACUGUUUGCAACGAUCCUAAGAACACUGUCUUUAUUGUUAGUGGGAGGGGAAGAAGUUCCCUGAGCGAGUGGCUUGCCCCGUGUGAGAGAGUGGGAAUAGCUGCUGAACAUGGGUACUUCAUAAGGUGGAGUAAAAACAGUGACUGGGAAUCAGGUCCCUCAACUACAGACCUUGAGUGGAAGGAAAUUGUGGAACCUGUGAUGAAGUCCUACACAGAGGCAACCGAUGGCUCUAACAUAGAAGUUAAAGAGAGCGCUUUGGUGUGGCACCAUCAAGAUGCCGACCCUGACUUUGGAUCCUGCCAAGCCAAGGAAUUGUUGGAUCAUUUGGAAAAUGUACUUGCAAAUGAACCAGCAGUUGUCAAUAGGGGCCACCAUAUCGUUGAAGUCAAGCCACAAGGAGUAAGCAAAGGAUUGGUCGCAGACAAGGUUCUCUCAACAAUGGUUAAUAGUGGGAAGGCACCGGAUUUUGUGAUGUGCAUCGGGGAUGAUAGGUCAGAUGAAGAAAUGUUCGAGAGCAUACUAAGUACGGUCUCUUGUCCGUCCUUCCCAGUGGCUCCCGAGAUAUUUGCUUGCACUGUUGGGCAAAAGCCAAGCAAGGCCAAGUAUUUUCUUGACGAUCCAGCUGAUGUGGUGAGGUUGCUUCGAGGACUUGCUAACGCUUCAAGUCCAAAACCUACACAUAUUGCCCAAUUCCAAGUUUCAUUCGACAAUGCCUUUUGAGAUUAAUGGAGGAGUGAUGACAGAUGAGUUCGUUCUUGUCUGGAUCAGAAGAACGUUAGAACGGUGGGUUUUUUUUGGAUCAGUAGGGACACCGGGAUUUCCAGUGUAGGAGGCUUCUAUGGGCAAUUCUCCUUAAGGCGGCAUUCAUUUGUAUAGGGGUAACAAAUGAUUUUCUUUUCUCAUAUAUACAUCAAUGUUAGUGGAAACUUGUUUCGGUCCGUUUGAAAUGCUAAUCAUAUCAAAAUUAUGUUAAGAUAUAUGGUGUUUUUGUGCUUCAAAUCGGAUGAUAACUGUUACUGGAAUGAUCUUGUAUAUAGUUUUUAUUCAUCUUUUUUCUGCUUGA